AUGUUCAUGUUGCAUGCUGCAUUAUUGUGGACAAUUAAUGACUUCCCUGCUUAUGGAAAUCUUUCUGGGUGGUCAACAAAAGGGAAAUUGGCAUGUCCUUCUUGCAAUGCAAGCACAGAUUCUAAUUGGUUGAAGUAUGGCAGAAAACAGUGUUAUAUGGGACAUCGACGUCUAUUACCUGCAGGUCACGUGUGGCGGACAAGAAAAGGGUUGUUCAACGGUAAAGAAGAUCAUCGCAUGCCACCAAAUUGGGUUGACGGACAUGGUCUCUUAACUCAACUACAAAUGCUUGGAGAUGUCCAAUUUGAAAAAUCUUGUAGGAAGAGAAAACGCACUGCAGAACAGUUGAACUGGACAAAGAAAAGCAUAUUCUUCAAACUACCUUAUUGGUCAAUGUUGCGGCUUCGACAUAAUCUAGAUGUUAUGCAUAUUGAGAAUAACAUUUCCGAUAGCAUAUUGGGCACUUUAAUGGACAUGCCUGGCAAAAAAAAAGAUAAUAUAAACUCUCGGCGUGAUAUGGAGAACUUGGGCUUCAGAAAAGAAUUGCAUCUUAAGUCUGAAGGUGGACGUGUUACAAUGCCACGUGCAUUGUACACAUUACAUGGAGAUGAAAGGCAUAAAUUAUGUGAGUGGCUUGCUGGGGUUAAAUUUCCAGAUGGGUUUGCCUCCAAUGUCACGCAUUGUGUAUCUGUACGUGAUUGCAAAAUCACUGGCCUCAAAAGCCAUGACCAUCAUGUUUUCUUGCAACGACUGCUUCCUAUUGCUGGUGGGGGGUUCUUAAGGAGUGAUAUUGCAUUGGCGUUGACUGAACUUAGCAGUUUCUUCAAAGAGUUGUGCGCCCGAACCCUAGAUGUGAAUCGCUUAUCCCAGCUUCAACUUGAUAUCGUCACCAUUCUAUGCAAAUUAGAGAUGAUAUUUCCUCCUUUUUUCGAUAUUAUGGUCCACCUAGCUGUCCAUUUACCGGGUGAGGCCAUACUCGGAGAUGUUGAGACGAAGUUUAAUCGAGCGGACCGCAACAUUGAUGGUGGAGAAGAUGGUACGAUAGAUGGUUUCAAAGUUUUCAACCAAAGACUUCGUCCAUUGGGUAUAGCUCGUAAUGUGCAAUUACAAGAUAAACUCCGCACCUCGGCCAUAUGGUAUGUGCUGAACAACUGUAUCGAGAUUGGACCUUAUCUCGAGGAGCACUAUGACAAAUGUAGGGAGUCAAACCCAAAUUCUGUUGAUCGCACGCAUCAAAAUGAGUUUCCAAGUUGGUUCAAGCAACGUGUUCAAGACCAACGUACAGGAAACCCACCACGAGUGUCUGCUGAUUUGUAUGCGUUAGCUUGUGGUCCAGACCCUUGGGUUGCAUCAUAUGCUGCCUGCAUUAUAAAUGGUAAACGGUUCCAUACGAAGCAGCUUGAACUUCGCCGACGAUCACAAAAUUCAGGGGUGUUGGUAACUGGUGACGAAGAUACUAAUAACGUAGACUUUUAUGGUGUUCUUAAUGAUGUUGUGGAGUUACACUACAUGGGAGGUCGUCGAGUGUACUUGUUCAGUUGUGAUUGGUUUGAUGUUGGUGAUAAGAAGCGUGGGGUACGAGUAGACGAUCAUAUAACUAGUGUCAACAUGGACAGAACUUGGUACAAGAACGAACCAUUUGUGUUGGCAUGCCAGGCUUCCCAGUUAUCAACUCCACUUAGUAGGACUGAUAUAGAACCUAUCCACAUUGAUGCACGAGGCCAUAUGGCGGUUGGUGGUGAAUGCAUCAAUUCAACAGACUUUAUUGAUGAUGGAAUGGUUCCAUCUUGUUCCGGAGAUGGUUAUGGUGAUUGGGAAUAUUCGGAUGAAGAUGACCUAUCCACCGAUGAAGAAUCGGAGUCAGAAUAG